GCAGCCCUUCCCCUUCCCGGGCGAAUGACACCGCCGCUGCCCGAUGGUGCGCGGGUCCUGUUUGUGACAGUCAGGCAGAGAAGAUUAUCCGGAUCAUGGCCUCCCUGGCCCGCAGCCGCCGUGGCUCUCCCGGGUCCCGGCGCGCCCCUAGCACCCGGACGAUCGCAGGCGCCCCACGCCCGCAGCUCCCGCGGCGCUAGCAAGGGGAAGACGCGAAGCAAAAGAACACAGACCCAGGGAGAGGAAGGGCAGGGUAACGGAGCCUGGCGAGCACCUCCGUGCCCGACCUCCUUGGGGGCAUCCUCCCUCCCCUCCAGCAGUGCGGCCCGGGCCGGACAUCCCGAACUUCAACACCCGAGCCUGCGCUGCCGCCAGACCGUAGUCUCUUCCCUCUUACCCCGCAUUUAAGACCAAUUAAGGCUACAAAUUGUAAUCUGCUGGCAAGUCGCGGUUUUGAGACCUCUUUGCUCCAAUUUUCCUUGAAAUACAGUACUUUGGCCGGACCAGUAGGUCAGUGUUUGGUGAGACAAUUUUAUUUUUAGUUUUAUGAAGUGUGAAAGAAUGUUAGGAGAUUUUAAAUCAGGGCCCUAUUAUUUUAGACUCAGAUUAAUGUAGGUGCUUGACUCUUAAAAUUAAAACUGUUCCUAUGCAGUAGUGUUAUGAAAAGUAUGAUUUAUCCCUUAUUUCGUAAUGUAAUGGCUUAAAUUAGUCAUUCAAAGUGCACUGUGACUAUCUGGUUGAGGAUUUUUCCCCCUAGAGUAAAAUCCUAUUUUAAGACCAUUUUACUGUUGCAAAAUUGACUCCAUUUGAGCAACUGGGUCUGAAAUGCAGUUCCAGGAUGCUUAAAACUUCAAGCUGGAUAAGUUGAAGACAAGAAGUAAUGGAAAGAACGCCAAAUGCUGCCAUGUAGUAAUUAAGAAGCAAGAAUUGUUUAUAUCACUAGUCCACUGCUGGCUGAAGGAGAGCCCACCAGGGCACCAUUUUCGUGAUGGCUAGGAGUGUUGGUGAUCACCCACCCCAUAGCUUUCUAAGGUCUUAUUACUUGCUUGUUAACUUUAGCUUCAUCAUUUUCUGUCUAUCUUGAAGUGAACCUCAAGACAACAAUAGAUAAUACGGCUAAGAGAAAUAGAAUAUAGUGCGCCCUGAAGGAUCCAUUGUAAGAACUUGCUUUUCUGCCUAAGGAUAUGCUGGUGUAACUAUUAAAUGAGAAAUAUAUAGUGAGAAAUUUUAAGCAAGAUUAGUAGUGUAGUAAAAGUGUAACAUAAAUACUAACUUCUAACUGCCUAAUAAGUCGCAACUAAUAAUAUAGCCGGAUGACCUAGCUGUCUCUAAUAAAGAGAUUUAACCUAAUAGCAAUGCUUAUUACAUUGAGAGUAUUAGGUUUUAAUUUUUUAGGGUCUUAAUUUGUUUCCCUGGCAUGCCAACCUCACAUGCCAAUUUUCAGAAAUUGAUAACUUCACUUUCAUUCCCUUGUGAAUAAAUGCCCUUUAUCCCCUUAAGAUUCUACCUCCACUUGCCAUGCAAAUCCUCAAAAAACAAAAACAAAACCCAAUCAAUUAGUAAGUCCCUGGAGAAAGAAACUGUCCAUUCCUUCUGGCAUUUUGUCAGAGGGAAAGUAAAGAAGAAAACAUUCCCUUUGUUAUAUGUGUAUAUUCUUCAGCUCAUACAAAACUUUGAUGUUGUCCUUGGAGGCGUUGGUGUCCAUGUAUUGUAUAUGCACAGCUAUGGGAAUUGAAAAUAAAAUAUAUCAUUGGGAACAGAGAUUAAAUAUAGAUAUUGCAUCUCCCUCUCCCUUCACAUUGGUCUAAGAAAGCACCACCUUCCCCCAUCACCCUUCAAGUCUUUCCUCUAAAAAUUCAUCUUGUUUAUAGUUUGUACCCCAGCAGUUAGGAAUUUUAUAAAAUAAGGCCUAAACUCAGGAGAAAUGAAAAGGCAGCAUCAUUCACUUGGUACAAAAAGAAGAUUGUAGAACAUAUAGCAUGAGUUUCACCUCUGAGGUAAAACGAAAUUUAACAAUUGAAGAUAAGGAGGAAAAUGAUGGGGUUUUUUGUUUUGUUUUGCAGAAAAUCAUACAAAAGCAAAUGUGGUUGGAGGGUAAAAGGACUCCAGGAGGCUGCACAGAGUGCUACAUUCACACGAAGCUUUUCUUUUUGGACUUUGAUGAGUCAUAAUGUGUUCUCUGAACUUGCUUUUCUCUUUCUAGUUUGGUAUCAAAAGAUAGAAGUCACUUUUUCAUGUCUGUAUGGCCACGUUCACUUGUUAUGUAAGUCUGCUUUGGUUGGCAUUCUGUAUAGAGGAGAUAUUGGAUUUCAAACUUGAUAUCUGGAUACAACACCCUCAUAAAGAAUAAUUCCAUGCACAACAUUAGGAAGCUUCUAGUCCCAACAGACAAACUGCUAAUGCUGCCUGAAAUGUUGCCUAGCUUCAAACAUAAGCAGGUAAGACCAUUUAGGCAGUGAGUAUUUCAUCUUCAGUAAUGGAAACCAAGCUUUGACAAAUUGAAUCAGCGGACAUUUAAUUUAAAGAAUAGUUUAGAAUUAGCAAGUAAAUUUAUUACAGAAAUCAACACUCCUCUCUCUCCAUUUUUCUUUUUUUUCUUUUUGAGUCAGAGUCUCGCUCUGUU